AUGCCGGUGCUGCAGCGGCAGGUUCACACUGGGUGUGUCCGCUACGCGCCUAAGCAGAAGGGGAAGAAGGGCGCCGCAGACACGCAGCGCGUGACCGCCGCGUCGACAGACAGCGCAGGCGACGAGCACCUGUUCAACAUUUACGCCGGUAUUCCGGAGGACCACGUGAUGCUGCCGGACGAGGCGUACCCAUCGUGGCUGUGGCAGCUGGACAAGCCGGACAAGACGUACGGCGAGCUGCUGCAGAUGUUCGUGUACGGGAAGGGCAUCGAGGACGCGCAGAUGCGCGACUACAACCGUUUCCGGCGGCUGCACAACCGCCACCUCAUCAAGCUGAACAACAUCCGCCUGCAGAAGGCGCGCAAGUUCCAGAUCAAGGGCCACCUGUGGGACAACUGA